AUGACGCAAGAUGUAUUGGUUAUAGUAUGUGGGCUUUUGGCUCUUGUAUAUUUAGGGAUCUACUCAUUACACUAUUUUCAAGAUGUGCCUGAUUUGUAUUUACAAGAACAGUCAAUUAUGGAACCCACUCGAUUAUCCAAUGAAUCGCCGAUUUAUCAUUCCAACAAAACCAGUCACAUAAGAGUCGGGUUGGAUAUUAGAUACGAUUCGUAUAAAUUAAGAAGUGGGAACUUGAAUGAUAUUUGGGGAAUAGCGAUUCAGUUUGCCAAAAAGGGCGACAGAGGUAUAACCAUUGACAAUGAUUUAAUUACUAUUGGAUACAUUAAUUACUGUAUUGAAAAUUUACAAUUGGGUUCACACAAAGUUAUUUCUAUCCCUAAGGACUAUAAAAUUGAUAGUAAGUGGUUGGUUGUAUUGUUUGUUGGAUUUGUUAAGCAAUUGACUGUUGAAUUUUAUAUCGACAAGCCAACUUCUGAUAAUGCCAUUGAUAUUUCUAAGCUAAACCUCCCAUCUUCGCCGCAAAAAAGUUCUUACGAGUUCAUUAAUAAAUAUACACCAGAGAAGGAUAGAGGUAUUGCCAUUAGAUUACACAAUCAAAUAUCACAAGGAAUAAAAUCUAUUGUUGAUUUUACACAAUUGAAUGUAGUCAGUGGAGUUGCAUCUACAAUUAAACAUUUGCCAAAUUCAGAUCUUUACAAAAAUUCAAAAUUGGUGAUUGUGUUGAGCAAUUCGACCAACGAGGAUAUCACCAACUUGAUUGUUAAAUUAUUGACGGGGCUAAUAUUGAAUUGCACCAUAACCAUUUGUGACAAGUUUUCCGAAGUCGAUUCUAAUGCGGCAAUUAUUUCCGUCCCAGAACUGAAAUUGCAGUUUGUUAGCAAUGAGAGUGAUACCAUUAUAGAAAGGUUUCAACGAUACUUGUUAACAAAAGGUAUAUUUCCAUUUAAAAAUAACAAAAAGUUAAUUUACAUUGGCACUUCAAUCAAUAAGAAAUCUGCAUUAUCGUUGUAUGAUUUGAAUACAAUUAGAAUCCAACACCAAGCUAGAGUUGUGAAAGAAUUAUGUUAUUAUAAUAUUGUUGGUCCUGUUAUCCUUACUGAUUACUAUGAUUACCGACAAUUCAAUAUCAAAGUCAACAAAGUUGGGUGUAUUGCCCAAUCGUUGGAAAUUAAAUUAAUCAAUUUACAGGAUAAGUGGGGGAAUCUACUGGUCAGAGGAUACACCAUUGGUAAGACUUUGAAUGUUGUUAAUGGCCAACAAGAAAAGUUGCAACCGAAGGACAACGAUGGAUUUAUGCCCAUAAGCAUAGUUAAGGGGAAAUGGGGUAGUGAUGGUUGUUUAUAUGUUUUAUGA